GCUGUGAAAGGUAAGACAAAUCCUUUAUUGUAUUAUUUUAAGAGUAGUGUUCUUUACGUUUAAGGAAGAGAAGUUUACCAUAAUGGUUGUAUAUUUCAUUAUCUAAUGUCAAAAGUCAGUCAGUUAGUAACAUUUUCCUUGCACCAAUGCCAAAAUUUUAGUAUCUUAUUGUUAGCCAGUUGGCCUACUCUCGCCCUGCCACGAAUGUCGCCUCAUUUGCGUAACGGAAGACUUUUACUCUUCGUGGCUCUGAUUUUCAUACUUGUAAAUGCAGAGGUCCCACAGCCGGCAGUCGAGGAGAGCAUUUGCCUCGAUGAUGCUCUACUGGCGGAGCCCAGGCCCACGCCCGGACAGAGCAUAUUCUUUCACGAAACGAGCUCCUAUGAUGUCAAAAACAAACGUCUUAAUAUACUGAAGCUUACAGCCCGACAAGCCUGCGCUAUCGAAUCUGCUGCACUCCAUAAUCCGAAUUUCCAAGUGUUCGUUUUGUUCGCCGACCCAAAAUACCGGGCAACCCCCAACGGGCAGUACAGCAGCAGCCAGCAGCCUCUUUUCGAUGCCAUCUUAAGCUAUAGCAAUGUCCAUUUGCGGCGUCUAAAUCUCUGGAGAUAUGCUGCAGGCACACCCAUGGAAGAAUGGCUUAGGGAGGGUAAUCUGUUUCGCUCGCGAUAUGUGGUCUCCCACAUCUCUGAUUUUCUGCGUUUUUUUACCCUAUUUCGCUAUGGCGGCCUGUAUCUGGACUUGGAUGUGGUCGUGCUGCAGAAAAUGGAGGAUGUGCCACCCAAUUACACAGGAGCCGAGUCCGAUCAAAUGCUUACCGCUGGCAUCAUGAACUUAGCUGCCACUGGAUUAGGUCAUGAGAUUGCCGAGUUCUGCCUGCGCGACUUUCAGCAAAACUUCAAUGGUAGUAUAUGGGCUUAUAAUGGCCCAGGGGUUAUUACACGCGUGGCCCAACAGCUUUGCGGCACUGAUUACAUCGCACUGAUGCAGGAUGAUCGCAAAGGCUGCAUGGGCUUGAAGGUGUAUGGGCGAGGCGCCUUCUGCCCUGUGCAUUCCCGUCAGUGGCGCGACCUUUUUGAGCCAGAAAAACUGGAGGAGACCAUGGCCCGCACCAAGUACUCGUAUGUGGUGCAUGUGUGGAACAAGCAAUCGAAAAAGGUGCCAAUCAAGGUUGGUUCAAGCAGCGCCUAUGCCAAAUUGGCAGAACAAAAUUGCCCACGAGCCUAUCAUGCGGCGGGUGAAUACUUCUAGGAGAAUUUUAUGAAUUUUUAAAAUUGUUUCAUCAAUAAAUUGAUGUUCCUUA